AUGAAGAAUUUGAUCAUCGAUACCGAUUGUGGAGUGGAUGAUGCGAUAGCACUGAUUGCCGCGUUGAGCUCAGGGAACGCGAACGUUGUGGCAAUCACAUGUGUUUCCGGCAAUGCCUCUCUUCGGGACGUUCUGGUGAAUGUUUCCAAAGUUCUCAAAACGUGUGGGCGUGAAGGAGUACCGUUUUACGCCGGCUGUGAAGGUCCUCUCGCUCGAGAGAACGUUUUCGCGAAUAACUAUCAUGGAACAGAUGGGCUCGGGGAAUGUCCUUCGGAGUUCGAAAAGGGUCCCGAAGCCCAGCCUGGAAUCCACGCCGCCGAGGCAUUGAUCAAGACCAGCAAAGACCGAGUCGGUGAAAUUGUCCUUGUGAUGCUGGGACCGUGCACGAACCUCGCGGUCGCUCAUCACAUAGAUCCUCGGGUAACAACGUACUUCAAAGAAAUCAUCUGCAUGGGUGGAAACAUCGAGGGCAAAGGAAAUGUGACUCCGGGAGCGGAAUUCAAUUUCGCAUCUGAUCCCGAGGCGGCGCACGUUCUCGUUCAACAGUCGAAGUGCCCCGUGCUGCUCGUUCCUUGGGAGACCAUCACAAAAAACUGGAUUCCUUGGAAUUUAUACGAGAGAAUGAUCAACGGGACGACUCCGAAAUCGAAGUUCUUGAAGGCGAUCUGUGCGUUCACGGAGAAGUACUACCGUGACGAGAACGUGGGGCACGACGGAUACGAACUGGGAGACUUCCUUGCCGUGCUGGCGGCCAUCCGCCCAGACUCCGUGACGAAGAAAAUCAGCCGGAGGCUCGCAGUGGAGCUACGCGGCGAACAUACGAGCGGACAAGUUGUUCAAGCAUGGUACAAUGAUAUGCUGCCGGCAGUCACGAAAUCGACAGCGGUAGCCUUGGAAUUCGACCCGCGCAUUGUCGAAGAAACCUUGCGAUCGAUGGUCGGCGAUCCCUGAAGAAAAUAGAGAGACCGAAAAUCGGUCCGCUCGUUUCGCCAGUUGUUCUCUCUUGUGUUCGUGGAGAUCCUCGCCGAAAUAAAUGAU